AUGGUAGCCUCCUCUGUGGAAGGCAGUGACCAACCAGCAGGUGCACAGCUUCCUCUGUCGGCCGACAUCGUCGCAAUGAAACCAUCUCACCACGCGUCAUUGUUCAUUACCUGUACUCGAUCGGCCAUUUAUCUUUGGUCUGUCAAGACAAACAAAAACUAUCUUUUACUUUAUGCGAUUCUUCCAUUCGAACAGCGGUCCUUUGAGUUUAGUUUUGCUCAUUCAAACCAUCCUUAUGUAACAGGGCCUGGAGAGGGGAAAGGACCAAAGACUAUGAUCCUAAAAUUUCGACUUGCUAUUCGUAUCGAUGCUGGCAUUGCGUGCGGCACUUCAUCUGAAGAUACGCUUAUAAUCGCAACACAAACGCCUGCUGCGAUCCAAUGUAUUUCAUGGAACCCACAACAGGUCAAUGCAACACAAACUUCUCUCCAAUCCCGGAUGAAUAUCUUUGUAGACCCUUUGGAAAGGGUGACUAGUAUGAUAUAUGACAAACCGACAAAUGUGUCUGUCUGGGUCACAGAUAAAGGCAGAGCUUAUUUUGUUCACAAUAUACCCGAUAUUGACAAACAGAGCAGUACAGGCUCAAAUGGGCUAACGUCUCCUACCUCGCCAUCAAGUCAAUUACCUCGUGGAUCUAAUACAUUGACAACGGAAACGCACUUUGGUGGAGACACAGCUUCUUUUGCACCAGCAUCACCUUCAUACACAGAAAAGGUUCAUUGGAAAGGCGUUGCAUUUCAUGGUAUAGAAGAAGAUAUUUUAAAAGGAGAAGAAGCGACAUGUGUUGCUAUUAAUGCCAAGUUUUCUCUUAUCGCUGUCGGAACUAAGAGUGGGUUAAUUCGCAUAUACUCUGCAAACCACUAUUUGUCUCCACCCGAGUACUCUCAUACUCUUGAAUUGGAAACCGGAGGAGCAACCACAUGGGGGUCUAUUAAUAAUAAAUCAAUCUCAAGAGAUGCUGUCCAAUCACUCGCAUGGACUUCUGAUGGAUAUGCUAUUUCUGUUGGCUAUGAAUAUCGGGGACUUGCUAUCUGGAGCGUCUAUGGCACCUUGCUUUCCUCUAUGAGUGAAUUAGAAGAAAUGUUCGGGGAGAGACAGAACAAUCCAAAUAUUAUAAACAGAUAUAGCCAUCUUCAAGAUACUUACAUACAUGGUGUGUACUCCAUGUUCUGGGGCCCCGGAAACUAUCAACUUUUUGUAUUGGAUACCUGGGGGUGGAAAGAGAAGCAAAACGUAGAAGAUUCUGUAGUUUUUGAUGACAUCCAUUUGUUCUCUUUACCCUUCUCGAAGUUGGCUAUUACAUCACUUCAUAAUGCAGUAAGGGAUCUUAAACAAUUUGGGUACACUAUAAAGCCUAACUUAACCGUAAAUGCAGAUGACCGACUUCUUUUAUACAACAGCGGAGGAGACUACCAAGAAAACAACACUACGACUAUCGAUCCUGACGCCGUAGCAUGGACUCAUAUUCUUUAUCCUACUAUGUACAUAACAGACCAUUGGCCAAUUAGGUGUUCUUCUGUUAGUCGAGACGGAAAAUAUAUAGCAAUUGCCGGUAAAAGAGGUUUAGCUCAUUAUAAUACAAUCUCUGGUCGCUGGAAAAUGUUUGGAAAUCAACAGCAAGAAAAGAGUUUCUUGGUACGAGGUGGUCUCGCAUGGUAUAAACAUGUCCUGAUAGCUGCAUGCGAAAUAUCGUCCUUGCAUCAUGGAAAAACAUACGAGAUUCGUCUGUAUUCAAGAGAUAGUAAUCUUGACAAUGCAUAUAUUCUCCACACGGAAGUGCUUCAUCAAAUACCCAAUUAUAUAACUAUUUGUGGAAAUUUUCUACUUGUCUACACUUCCGAUAAUGUAUUGAGUAUCUAUAGUAUUUUCAUAGGUAGUGAUGUACCACCUACAAUGGGAAACUUAAACCCUGCUGCUAAUUUAGCCAGGAUAAAGCUAUCCAGACAGAUACGCCUUCAUGGUAUUAUUACCGAUGCAUCCAGAGUUAGAGGCAUCAGUUUGUUUAAUCCAAGUCUUGGAGAUCAGCUAAAUACGUUGGAGGAUGCGAUAACUGCCAAUAUAAUAUUAUUGGUAGAUGGAAAAAAUUUCAUCCUGUGUCCAUCUAUGGGAGACAGCGAAGACGUUGAAAGAGAUGAGAUACACAAUCAAUACGAAAUACAUAUGUUAUCUGAAAAAACCGAGUAUUACUGGAUUGGCCGAAAGAGUGUAGCCAACUUAUUAACCUCUCUGUGGGUUGUUGAUGGAAAGGGAGUCAAGCUAUUCACAAAUUUGCUUCGUGGUGAAGAUUGUGGCUUCAGUACUUUUGGAAAAGACAUAUAUGAAAGUGAGCCUUCUACACCAACCACACCUGGGCUAUUUACAGCAAGGGGUUACUCAGGGCGGCCAUUUUCUUUGGGCUAUCGAAUUGGACCUGAGCCUGAUUCACCUUCUGCAUCUGUUAAUAUGGAAGGUUUUUCUCAAUGGAGAACAGGAGAUCUAAAGUUUGCGGACGCAGAUGCAAUAUAUAUUCCACUUGAUUUUUAUCCUCAUUCUGUUCUGCUGGAGAAGGGAGUUAUUGUAGGCAUAGAACAGAAUAUGGUUUAUAAAGACUUGCUAGGUUUUAUGGUUUACAAAAUAACAACAAAGACACAUUUGUUUAUACAUCAUAUUCUGCGACACUUGCUGAAACGAGAUCUUGAAGAAGAUGCAGUAGUAUUUGCACGAGUUUAUGAAAAGCUAGUGUACUUUAGUCAUGCUUUGGAAAUUCUUUUGCACACUGUGUUAGAGGAGGAAUCUGGUCAGUCUUUAGGAGAUGAUGCCAUACUUCCUUUGGUUAUAAAAUUCCUUGACCAAUUCCCACACGCUUUGGAUGUAAUUGUAAGCUGUGCAAGAAAGACAGAAGUUGCUCUCUGGGAUCACCUCUUUUCGGCUGUUGGAAAACCAAAGGACUUAUUCGAGUACUUUUACCAGUUUUGUUUAGAAGAUGGGCGCCUUCGAACUGCCACAUCAUAUCUUAUUAUAUUGCAAACUAUGCAGCCACUUGCAGUAGGCGGAAAGGACACCAUUCGAUUGCUGCAAAAGGCCAUUGAUGUGGAUGACUAUGAGCUAUGCAAAGAACUAGUCAGAUUCCUAAGCUCUAUAGACAAUACUGGAAAAACACUCCAGGAGGCAUUGCAUGUUAUCAAAGCUCAUAUGAAUCCUGAGCACACAUCAUCACCUAAUAGUCAAAAUGCUCAGGUUGAUAAAGUGGCUCAAAGCAUUCAAGACCUGAGUACUUAA